AUGGUAAGACAUUUCGGGACUCUAACGCGGCAGGUUCCAAUCCAAGCCUCUCGACUGCCUUUCUCGGUCCCCUCCCGCUACUACCGUCCCGCUUUCCGUAAUCUCGCUACCUGCCGUCACGCUCAUAGCUGUCGCUGUCGCGCUCUCGUGUCCCGCUCCCAUUCCUCCUUGCAGCUUCACCCCUCUUCUCCCGCUUCCAAUCCCCUCUCCUGCCCUACCCCUUGUCUCUCGCUCUCAUCCCCCUCUGACUCCUCGCCCUUCGUCUCCCAUUCCCAAAUCCCCCAUGUAACUUCACCCGUCAUUUCCGGCCUUAUGGCCUUCCCUUCCCCCUACUCUCCUCCACCUCUCCCCCGCCUUUCGCCCGCUUUCCUCAUUCCCCCCCGCCUCUUUCCCGCCCCGCCUCUCUCCCCCCCGCCUCUCUCCCCCCCGCCUCUGUCCCCCCAGCCCUCAUCCUUCAACAACGCCCAACCAGGACAAGACAGCCGGGCGCUCACCUUUUCCCCACCAUUCCCCCAAUCGCCCUUCCCCCACCUCCUCCCCCCAGUCCUCAUCCCUCAACAGGUCAUCAGGCCAAUCUGUGCACAACCGGGGGAAGACAGCUGCAGAAGACCUACCCUUUUCCCACCUUUCCCCACCUUUCCCCACCUUUCCCCCCCAUUUCCCCCUUUCCCUCCCCACCUCUCCCCCCCACCCCAGUCCUCGUCCUUCAACAGGUCGCCAGGCCAGUCCGUGCACAACCGGGGGAAGACAGCAGGGUCAGGCGGAGCAAGCGGAGGGGUUGCUGCUGCUGCUGCUCCUGAAGCAUGGUUGCCCGAGAGUGCAGUUUCCAGUGGUGCCCCGACCGCCUCUCCUGCAAGUGCUGGAGUUCCCAGGGGUGCUGCUACUGCUGAAGGCAACGGGCGCUCUGGUGUUGGGAGCGGUGAUAUUGGGAGUUCUGCAGGGGUGGGGCUAGAGGGAAGACGAGAGGUGACAGACCGAGGGGGGUUGAGAAGCGAAGACUCGGUGCCACUGCUUCCCAAGCGCCUUCACUUUGACCAGCUAGUCGGAGAAGCCGUUGAGGAGGAGGAGGUGCAGAGCGUGUAUCGCAGCAUGGGACAUGCUGGUGCUGACGGUGGUCAUUCUUCUCAUCACGUUCAUUAUUGCUCCUCCCUUCCCCUCGUCUCCAAUUCCCUCAUCUCCUCUCUCUCCGCCCUGCCUUUGCACUUGCUGGCAAUCUCACCCCCUGCCUCCCCAUCGUCACUCACUCUCCUCCACCCACUGACAGCUGUAACAUCUCCCCACCCCCCGUCAUUCCUUCCGAUCUGCUCCUUUCCCCUCUUCCUCUCUCCUUCCAUCCCAUUUGGUGGCAUCCUCACCACGUUCCUCACCACAUUCCUCACCACGUUCCUCACCACGUUCCCCUCUGUUUUUGUUGGCGGCAUCCUCACCACCUUCCCCGUCAUCUGUCCCCUCCACCCUCCCUUCUCCCACCGCUACCCCCCUCCUCCUCGUCUCCUGCCCGUGUCACUCCCCUUCCUCCUGCACUCCCUCAUCACGCUCCUCCUCUCCCUUCAAACCGUCUUCAACUUCCUCUGCUCCGCUUUCUUCCCGGCCGGCCCAGUCACUCGUGUUGCUUUCGGCUCUGCAGACAUGCCAACUGUAUCAGCAGGUUCGUUUGACGGCUGGCAGUUGUGCCGCCGCUGCGACCCGCCCCGAGCCAAGCCUCCCGGUGCGCACCACUGCAGCAGCUGUGGCACGUGCGUGAUGGACAUGGACCAUCACUGCCCCUUCAUCGGCAACUGUGUGGGUCGGGCCAAUCAGAGGCACUUCCUGCUCUUCCUCCUCUCCACCAUCAUCAGCUGCACCUAUGUCGCCCUAAUGACUGCAACCACACUCUAUCUCCUCCUCCCCGCACUCGACGUCACCCCUCACAUGCCCCACACGCCCCCUCACGACCUCACCUCUUUCGUCUCCACCGCCACAAAAGCUUUUGCCGCUGCCCUUUGGGCUGCCCGGAAGCAACUCCCGAUCCGGGCGUUCAUCGCGUUUUACCUCUUUAUAGUCGCACUCGGCACAGGGAUUUCUGUCUCGCUGUUACUGUACCAGCAGCUGGACUUCAUUCUAUCUGGAGAAGGGGGAUAUGUAGAUGCAUUAAAGGCGAAGAAAGGAGCAGGGAAUAACAAGGUGAUGUGGGAUGGGCCAAAAAGGAUAGUGCCGGCGAGAGUAAUGGAUUCAGGCAGGAGAGAUGGGACUAGUUGGCCUUGUGGAGAUGGGGUUUGGUUGAGUUUGUUCAAUCGCUCCGGUUCGGAGGUGUCUAGAGCUCUGAAGGGGGUGUUUGGAUCUGGCAAUCCGUGGUUCUGGUGCUGUCUUCGUUUAAAGGCCCCUAGAGGGUCGUUAGAAGCAACUUACAAUGGGGUUAAGGACCUCUGA